AUGGAUCAGGUCCAAGCUCAGUUGGAGGCAGUGGAGACACAUAUAAGCUGUUCUUUGCGUUUGGCCCGGGAGCGAGUGGCGCAGUGGAAGAAAGCCCAACGCCAGAAGCAGCUCCAGUUAAGAAAGAAACCUCGUCAGAUACCUCUGGAUCUGCCAAUACUACUAGAGACAGGGGGCGACAAUGAACUGAAGGCUCCAGAUGAACGGAUCCGGGCACUGCAGAAGGAAGUAACUGAGGUUAGAGAUCAGUUGGAGGUAGUUGAGACCAGUCGGAGGCGUUCUUUGAGUGUUGCGGUGGAGCGAGUAGAGCAGUGGAAGAAAACCCAACGACAGAAGCAGCUCCAGUUAGCAGAGAAAGCUUCUCAGAUACCUCUGGAUCAGCCAAUACUAUUAGAGACAGAGGGCGACAAUGAACUGAAAGCUAGAGAUGAACGGAUCCGGGAACUGCAGAAGGCCAUGGAUCAGGUCCAAGAUCAGUUGGAGGCAGUGGAGACAAGUAGGACCCGUUGUUUGCAUUUGGCCCGGGAGCGAGUGGCGCAAUGGAAGAAAGCCCAACGACAGAAGAAGCUCCAGAUAGCAGAGAAAUCUCGUCAGAUACCUCUGGAUUAG